UGAAUGCUCCUCCCUCUUUCUCCCCGAGUACACAAAAAGAUUUUGGGGCUCAGAUGACCUCAUUCGCUGCGAUAGGGCAGGCCGGGAACUCGUAGCGUCUUUUUAGUCUUCUUAUCGCAACUCCGUCCUCACCCUCUUCUUUAUCCCUGUGUUAAAUUCCUCUUAAAAAUCCCAACCUCCCCCUCCUCCCCCCGAAUUGCCUUUGUCUCGGUAAAAUGUGCUCUUUUGACGGUAGUAGAGCGUUAGUAGGUUAAAGGGCAACUAACAACAACAGGUUAAAUGGGGGUGGGGGAAUAGGGUGUGGAGUUUGGGGCCAGAGUGUCUUACCUGGUUCCAGCUCUAGGCCACGAAGUCGUUCUGUAAUUUUGGGUGGGCAAGUCAGCUCGUUUCUUUAGGCCACAGUUUUCCUAUUUCGAAACUGACGAGGGUUGAGCUCUCAUUUUUAGCUGUUUCCCAGUGGUAUGUAACUUCUACCAAAAAAAAAAAAAAAAAAAAAAAACUUGUCUGGUAACAAGAAAACCUUCGUACAUAUUUUUUCGUAAGUAUUCAAAACGCUUGUGAAAAAGUAUCUGAACUUUCCAUAUCUUCUCAGUUAUUUGAAGUCAGAGGGACAAUAAAAGUAAUUGCACUUUUUGAAAUUAGCUGUCAGAUUUUUCUCCUAAUCCAUGCAGCUGGUAGUGCCCCAUCUCUUUUAAUUUAAGAGACUAGGAUACAAUGUGUAGAUUAAUGAAAUUUGUCAAGAUAGUAUUUUUGUUAUUAUAUGUACCAAUGACUGAUUCAAACUAAAGUAUGAAGCCCAAGUAUUUUGAAAUGCUUUGACUGUUAAAUUUUAGACUCCAUGUAUGUGUGGAAAGCUUUUAUAUAUAUACACAUAUAUAGGAAUAUAAAUAAAAUGAGGCAAAUGAUGUGUUCACAGAUAGGGACAGCAAAAUCAGCAUUAGUUUUUGGAAUCAUUAAUUUUCAAUCACAGAGUCUUCAGGAAAAAAGAAAGUUAUCAGCUGAAGAAAAUAAAAAUGACUUUGAAGUUCCAUCAUCAUCGGGAAUUCUCUCUACCAAAUCCCAGAACAAAGAUGUCAAUGAUGGAGAAACGUCAGAUGGAGUCAGUAAGUCAGUUCACAAGGUUUUUGCUUCCAUGCUUGGAGAGAAUGAAGAUGAUGAGGAGGAAGAGGACGAAGAGGAAGAGGAGGAAGAAACAUCUGAACAACCCACUGCAGGCGAUGUAUUUGUAUUGGAGAUGGUUCUCAAUCGUGAAACCAAAAAAAUGAUGAAAGAGAAAAGGCCUCGAAGUAAACUUCCCAGAGCUCUGAGAGGUCUCAUGGGCGAAGCCAACAUUCGUUUCGCUCGAGGAGAACGUGAAGAAGCGAUCUUGAUGUGCAUGGAAAUCAUAAGACAAGCUCCUCUGGCUUAUGAGCCUUUCUCUACUCUUGCCAUGAUAUAUGAGGACCAAGGUGACAUGGAGAAAUCGUUACAGUUUGAGUUGAUUGCUGCACAUUUAAAUCCCAGUGACACAGAAGAGUGGGUUAGACUGGCAGAAAUGUCUCUGGAACAAGACAAUAUUAAGCAGGCUAUUUUUUGCUAUACGAAAGCCCUUAAAUAUGAACCUACUAAUGUCCGUUAUCUGUGGGAGCGAUCAAGCCUUUAUGAGCAGAUGGGAGAUCAUAAAAUGGCAAUGGAUGGUUAUAGGCGGAUUUUAAACUAUUUGACUCCAUCUGACGGAGAACGUUUUAUGCAGUUGGCUAGAGAUAUGGCAAAGAGUUACUAUGAAGCCAAUGAUGUUACUUCAGCUAUUAACAUUAUUGAAGAAGCUUUCUCAAAACACCAAGGCCUAGUCUCCAUGGAAGAUGUUAACAUAGCAGCUGAACUAUUCAUUUCUAACAAACAGUAUGAUAGAGCUUUGGAGGUAAUUACUGGUUUUUCUGGAAUCGUGCUGGAAAAAAGAACUACAGAAGAAGGCACCCUGGAAGAGAAUAAAGCUGGUGAGAGUGUUUCCUGCACUAUACCUGAUGGGGUGCCGAUAGAUAUCACAGUUAAAUUGAUGGUCUGCCUUGUACAUCUCAACAUCCUGGAACCACUUAAUCCUCUCUUGACAACACUAGUGGAACAGAAUCCUGAAGAUAUGGGAGAUCUCUAUCUAGAUGUUGCUGAAGCUUUUCUGGAUGUUGGUGAAUACAAUUCUGCACUUCCCCUCCUUAGUGCACUAGUCUGCUCUGAAAGAUACAACCUUGCAGUAGUCUGGCUUCGGCAUGCAGAAUGUUUAAAGGCCUUAGGCUAUAUGGAGCGUGCUGCAGAAAGCUAUGGCAAGGUGGUUGAUCUGGCUCCCCUCCAUUUGGAUGCAAGAAUUUCACUUUCCACCCUUCAGCAGCAGCUGGACCGCCCUGAGAAAGCUCUGGAAGCUCUGGAACCAAUGUAUGAUCCAGAUACUUUAGCACAGGAUGCAAAUGCUGCACAGCAGGAGCUGAAGUUGUUGCUUCACCGUUCUACUCUGUUGUUUUCACAAGGCAAAAUGUAUGGUUAUGUGGAUACCUUACUUACCAUGUUAGCUAUGCUUUUAAAGGUAGCAAUGAAUAGAGCCCAGGUCUGUUUGAUAUCCAGUUCCAAAUCUGGAGAGAGGCAUCUUUACCUUAUUAAAGUGUCAAGAGACAAAAUAUCAGACAACAAUGACCAAGAGUCAGCAAAUUGUGAUGCAAAAGCAAUAUUUGCUGUACUCACAAGUGUCUUAACAAAAGAUGACUGGUGGAACCUUCUGUUGAAGGCGAUAUACUCCUUAUGUGACCUGUCCCGAUACGAAGAGGCUGAGUUACUUGUGGAUUCUUCAUUGGAAUAUUAUUCAUUUUAUGAUGACAGACAAAAGCGCAAAGAACUAGAAUACUUUGGUCUCUCUGCUGCAAUUCUGGACAAAAAUUUCAGAAAGGCAUACAACUACAUCAGGAUAAUGGUAAUGGACAAUGUCAAUAAACCCCACCUCUGGAACAUUUUCAAUCAAGUUACCAUGCAUUCCCAAGAUGUACGACAUCAUCGCUUCUGUCUCCGUUUAAUGCUGAAAAACCCAGAUAAUCACGCCCUCUGUGUCUUAAAUGGACACAAUGCGUUUGUAUCUGGUAGUUUUAAACAUGCACUUGGACAGUAUGUUCAAGCGUUUCGCACCCAUCCCCAUGAACCUCUCUAUAGCCUCUGUAUAGGCCUAACCUUUAUUCACAUGGCAUCUCAGAAGUAUGUAUUAAGGAGACAUGCUCUUAUUGUGCAGGGUUUUUCCUUUCUUAAUCGAUAUCUAAGUCUACGUGGGCCUUGCCAGGAAUCAUUCUACAACUUGGGCCGUGGCCUACACCAACUGGGGCUAAUUCAUCUUUCAAUCCACUAUUAUCAGAAAGCCCUGGAGCUCCCUCCACUUGUGGUAGAGGGUAUAGAAGUUGACCAAUUAGACUUGCGAAGAGAUAUUGCCUACAACUUGUCUCUCAUUUAUCAGAGCAGCGGGAAUAUUGCAAUGGCACAAAAGCUGUUGUAUACCUAUGUUUCUAUAUAAAGCACCUCAUCUGAGAAAGGAGCAUUGGGCAGUUGCUAUGUGUGGACCAGAAUCUUCUGUCUUAGAGCCUAUUAUUGUCAACCCUUCAAAUGGAAAUGAUAAUUUCAGAAUUACCUAAUAGUAUAUUUGAUUUUUUAAUAUGUGAUAAUAUUUUGGUGUAUAUUUAAAAUUAUUGUUCCUGCAGGAAUUUGUAUAUUGUUUUGUCAUUUCCCUUUUGUAUUCUGUGGUUAAAUUUUCCCCAAAGAUGAACUGGACAAUAUUAGUCUUUGAGCUAGUUUGCAGCUGAAUAUACUUUUUUUUUUGCCCACACGACUUAUUCAUCUGUGCAUUUAGUAUUGUGUAUUAAGCACAUACUAUGUACUAGGCAUGGUGAUAGGUGCUGGGAAUAUAGUCA